UACUACUUUUCAGAGAAACAAUGAGGGUGUUUUUGGCUGUGUUAAUACUGGGUGUAGCAAGUGCUGCCCCAUCACAGUUCUGUAAGGAUCUAAUUCCUAUUUCGGGAUUAUCUAAGAAUUUUAACGAAACCAUUGCUCAUGCUAUUCAUUCCCUGACGGUUGAAGGACUAAGGAUUUUCCAUCCACAGGCAACCACAGUUAACCAUAUUCCAACAGUUAACCACGACUUAAGACAACCAAAUAAAGUUCUAUCGAACGCACCGUCAAAUCCAAUUGGGAAUGACUUUGAAACAGACUCUAUGAAUGUUCUCGAUAACAUUCUUUCGAAUUUGGGAUCACACAAUGACGGACUUGGACCAAACUGGUCAGGGGUGGAGAGAGUUGCACAUACCUUCCACAUGUGGGAUUUAUGGAUGAAGAUUUUUAACAGCGCCUGGAAGGCCGUAAAGGCUAACCCACCUCAUAAAGAGAUAUGCAAUUGUGUCUUAGACGUUGAAAACAACGGUAUCAAAACAGCUGUCGGAUGGGUUGCAAACCACUACAAAUCUGGAACACCAAUUACUCUCCUCAACAGACCAAUCCCCAAGUUGGUGGAUGCCACAACAUGGACUGUAUGGAAAAACAGGCUCCUUCAUUACUAUACCGACGAAGCAUUGAAAGAUGCUGCAACAUACUUACAUUGUGCUACUCAAUAAAUAAAUGUAACGCAUA